GUUCGGAGGAGAGAGGAGGCUGGAACAGGAGACGGGAGCAGGAGUCCACCACCAAAUGUCUGCCUCUCCACGGUGCCAAUGAGCUGUCCUCACAUUCCUAUGUCUGCCAGUUGACACGAUCCACAGUGACGGGACGGACAGACUUCCACGGCUGCAGGGACACCGGAGUCCGCGUUCGAUCAGGACCACCUGACUUUUGCUGUGGCUGACUUGCUCACUGGAUCAUGGCACAGACCAACAGUGGGGGGCAGGGGACCAACGGGGUGGCAGACGAGUCCCCGAACAUGAUUGUCUACAGAAAGAUGGAGGAAGUAAUAGCCCGCAUGCAGGAUGAGAAAAAUGGAAUCCCAAUCCGAACAGUCAAAAGCUUUCUAACCAAGAUACCCAGUGUUUUUUCAGGUUCGGAUAUCGUGCAGUGGAUGAUCAAGAACCUGGAUAUUGAAGAUCAAGUGGAAGCUCUUCACCUAGGAACACUGAUGGCAGCGCACGGAUACUUCUUUCCCAUCUCAGAUCAUGUCCUCACUCUCAAAGAUGAUGGCACUUUCUAUAGGUUUCAGACGCCAUACUUCUGGCCAUCCAACUGCUGGGAACCAGAAAACACAGACUAUGCUGUUUACCUCUGCAAAAGAACAAUGCAAAACAAAGCACGUCUGGAGCUCGCAGACUAUGAAGCGGAGAGCUUAGCGAGGCUACAGAGAGCGUUCGCCAGGAAGUGGGAGUUCAUUUUUAUGCAAGCAGAAGCACAAGCAAAAGUGGACAAGAAGAGGGACAAGAUCGAGAGGAAAAUUCUCGACAGUCAGGAGAGAGCGUUCUGGGACGUCCACAGACCUGUGCCUGGCUGUGUGAAUACAACAGAAGUCGACAUAAAGAAAUCCUCCCGAAUGAAAAAUCCCCACAAAACCAGAAAGUCGGUGUAUGGGCUGCAAAAUGAUAUCCGUACCCACAGCCCGACCCACACCCCCGCCCCGGAGGCCAAGCAACCAACAGAAGAGGAGCUGCAGGAGCAGAUCACCUUUUGGCAACUGCAGUUAGAUCGGCAUCGACUGAAGAUGUCCAAAGUGGCAGAGAGUUUGCUGGGCUACACAGAGCAGUAUAUCGAGUAUGACCCAUUCCUAACGCCUCCAGACCCAUCCAAUCCAUGGAUCUCAGAUGAUACCACACUCUGGGAGCUGGAAGCGAGUAAGGAGCCGGGUCAGCAGAGGGUAAAGAGAUGGGCUUUUGGAAUCGAUGAGGUCCUGAAAGAUCCUGUGGGCAGAGAGCAGUUCCUCAAGUUCCUGGAGUCUGAGUUCAGCUCGGAGAAUCUCAGGUUCUGGUUAGCAGUCCAGGAGCUGAAGAAGCGACCCAUCAGGGAGGUUCCGACUCGAGUCCAAGAGAUCUGGCAGGAGUUCUUGGCUCCUGGAGCACCCAGUGCCAUCAACGUCGACUCCAAAAGCUACGAUAAAACCACCCAGAAUGUCAAAGAUCCGGGACGCUACGCUUUUGAGGACGCACAGGAACACAUCUACAAGUUGAUGAAGAGCGAUUCUUACAGCCGUUUCAUCCGCUCCAGUGCCUACCAGGAGUUAUUACAGGCCAAGAAGAAGAAGAGCAAGAACCUGUUCUAAUAACUCUCGUCCAGGGGUAUCCACGAGCGUCCAAGUGGCUGACCAGUCAUGUGCCAUCAUGCUAAAUUCAAUGCCAUCUCUCUCUCUCCGGGACCUUGAGAGGAACACCAUCUCAUCUCUCCGUCAUCAUUGUCUGUCUGUCCGCUCGUCUCGGCCGGACGGCGAGCCGGGACCGUCUGUUCGUCUGUUGUCCACCAGAUGUUGCAUGUCCAUGGAGAGGGAGCUCCUCCUCCUCUCCUCUUACAGUAUCUGAUAUAACCCCCGUAUUCUCCGAGAAGUGGGACGGCUGGACUUGUGACGACGCUGGUCAGAGAUGAACUGUCAUCUGAAGUCAAAUCCGGUGGUUUUCCAUCUGAACCCACUGGAUGCCAGACUCUCUUUUCACUUCCAGCAGAAACAAAUGAUGUCAGAGAGAAAAGAAAACAAUGACGACACCUGCGAGCGAAUCUAUCCAAUGCCAUUGCUUUAUGAACUGAGGUCACAGAAUCUUUGUCAUGGGAAG